CCGCGCCCACAGUGACAACACAGCAGGAACCAUUAUAAAAACAGGCUGAAAAGGGAGAGAAUGCCACAGUUAUAGAGAAAGUAACGGGGAAACCAAGCUAUUUAAGACAUGGAUCAAAAGCUAUACUACCGACAAAUGAGUUAUCAGGACAAGGACCUAAUGCAGGGGCUUUGUAACGAGUGCUUUCCUUUGGAAUAUCCUGAAUCAUGGUUUGAUGGGCUACUCAGAGAAGACAGGUAUACCUACACCCUGGGAGCGUAUGAAAUAGAGACUGGGACCAUGGUCGGAAUGAUUGUAGGUCAGAUACAAUCAAUUAGACAGAUUGAAAAUGAAUACGGAUUCGUUCUCGAGGAAGCUUCGCCGAAUGAUUGCGUAAUGUACAUCACUAUAUUUGGUGUCAGUGAGAGAUACAGAUGCAAAGGGGUUGGCUCAUACCUAAUGCAGUCACUUAUAAAUUACAGUAUAACAGAGACUAAUUGUAAUUUGAUAUAUCUCCACGUCGAGGCUGUAAAUUCGACGGCCAUUACAUUCUACCAGAGAAGAGGAUUUACUUAUCACUGUACAGAUGUAGGCUACUACAUGUUACCGGGUGACACUACCCAGUCAGAUGGAUUAGUCCUAAUACAAUUCAUUAAUAAUGGGAGACCUUACAAAAAGUCAUUUGACAAUUGGUGUAAAAGAAGCAUUAGCGGAAAUCCUAUCAUGCAGUGUUUGGGAGGCGUGGUCAAAGGACCUUUUAGCUCUAUAAGACACAUAUGGCAUCGAUCGAUGUCAUCUCCUUCUUAAUUUUAUGUCUCGUGUUAUUUUUAUUUUGAUAAUUAUCGUAAUUAUUGUGUUCACUAUUAUAUUAAUUUUUAUGUUUUAAAGACAUAAAUUUGUAACAACACCAAAAUAAUAAUAA